AUGGUAACCGUACGAGUAAUAUUACUGCCCGUGUUUUUAGCAACUACUUUAGGUUGCUAUCUUUUUCCCAACGACGUGCCGGAUCCAUGUCGUGGGGUUUCGUGCGGCCCCGGCGAGCUGUGCCGACCCACGUCUGAUGGCCGCUCUUACCACUGCGAGUGUCCAACUUCGUGCCCAAGUUACGGUGACCACGAGGGUUCGCGGCCCCUCUGCGCGAGCGAUGCCCGAGACUACCCGGGUGAAUGUGAGAUGCGACGGGCCGCAUGCGAGACCAACACCAAUAUCACGUUUAUGUACUACGGUAAAUGCGACCCCUGCGCGGGAGUGACUUGCCCUGAUCCCGAGGUGUGUCAGCUGGACGAGCACCGCUCGCCGUCCUGCCGCUGCGCAGAGCCUUGCCCCCUGGAGUUCUCGCCGGUGUGCGCAUCAGACGGGAAGACCUACUCCAACGAGUGCCAAAUGCAUCGCGAGUCCUGUCGAGCGAGGAAGCAGCUGAGGAUAAUCUUUAAGGGGCAGUGCAGUUCGGGCGCGAACCCCUGUUCGGAGGUGGAGUGCCGGCACGGGGCGGAGUGCCGCGUGGAGGAAGGGGGCGCGGUGUGCGCGUGCCCGCCCGCCUGCGAGCCCGUGCUGCGGCCCGUGUGCGGCUCGGACGCGCGCACGCACCACAGCGAGUGCGAGCUGCGCCGCGCCGCCUGUCUGCUGGGCCGCGAGAUCAAGCUGGUGCACGCGGGCGCUUGCGGCUCUAGCGGCGUGUGCGCCGGGCGCGUGUGCCCGCACGGCGGCGAGUGCGUGGCGUCGGGCGCGCGCGGCGUGUGCCGCUGCCCGCGGUGCUCCAGCGAGUUCGCGCCCGUCUGCGGCUCCGACGGCAUCUCGUACGGCAACCGCUGCUCGCUGCAGCUGGAGGCGUGCAGGCACCGGCGCGACGUCAAAGUGCUCUACGACGGCCCUUGCAACGGCUGCGAAAAUAAGAAAUGUGAUCAUUACGCCGUUUGUGAAAGUGACGGUGUCUCUGAAGCGAGUUGCGUUUGUCCAAAACACUGCGAAGAAGGGACUGAAACUGAAGAAGUCUGCGGCAGUGACAAUCAAACGUACAGCAGCGUUUGCGCGCUGCGUGAUGUAGCAUGUCGGGAGAGGAGGCAUCUUCACGUCAAACACAUGGGUUCCUGUGAGUCGUGUGCGGAGGUGCAAUGCCCGAGCGGCACAUUCUGCGCGCGCGGCGCGUGUGCGUGCGGCCGCUCGUGCGCGGGCACUCAGCGUGCGCCCGUGUGCGCCGACUCGGGCCACAGUUACGCGCACGCGUGCGCGCUGCACAACGCGGCGUGCGAGGCGCGCGCCCGCGGGGACGCCCCGCCGCGCCUGGCGCACUACGGCGAGUGCGUGCCGCCGGUCGACAACAGCACUGCAGGCGGGAACAAAACUAGGGGCGGCGAGGAGCGGGCAGAGGGGGCGGAGGGGACGGAGGGGACGGAGAGGGCGGGCACGGCGGUGUGCGCGCGAGUGCAGUGCUCGUUCGACGCCACGUGUGCCGUGGACGGCAACGGGCAGCCGCGCUGCGCGUGCCUGUUCGACUGCGCGGCCGCCGCAGCCGCCGCGGCCGCUUCCCCGCCCGUCUGCGCCUCCGACCUGCGCCUCUACCCCACGCUGUGCCACAUGAAGCUGGAGGCGUGCCGGCGCCAAGAGGACCUGAGGCUCCGCCCGUUGGCCCUGUGUCGCGGCCUGGAGUUCCGUCCGUGCGGCGACGAUGAGCCCCUGACGGAUGCGGAGGGUCGAAUGCUGGACUGCGGCGGUGGACCGCACCGUAAGGACUGCCCCGCCGGCAGCUACUGCCACCACACCUCUAAAGCCGCGCGCUGCUGUAAGAAAGACAGGGCGGCCGCCGAGAAGAAGGACUGCCAGGAGUCGUGGCACGGUUGCUGCGCGGACGGCGUGACGGCGGCGCGGGGCCCGGGGGGGGCGGGGUGCCCCUCGCAGUGCGGCUGCCAUCGGCUGGGCUCGGUGUCCGAGCGGUGCGACGACGGCCAGUGCCAGUGCCGCCCCGGCGUCGGCGGCCAGAAGUGCGACCGCUGCGAGCCCGGCUACUGGGGAUUGCCCCGCAUCGGCACCGGGCACACCGGCUGCAUACCAUGCGGCUGCUCCGCCUUCGGCUCAGUGCGCGAGGACUGCGAACAGAUGACGGGUCGUUGUGUCUGCAAAGCCGGGAUACAGGGACAGAAGUGCACGAUCUGCUCAAACCACGAGCACACACUGGGGCCUAAUGGCUGCUUCGAUCCCGAGUCGACGCAGCUGCCGGCGAACAGCUGCGAGCAGAUGACGUGCUACUUUGGCGCGUACUGCGUGGUGAGGGGUGGGCUGGCGGCCUGCGAGUGCGGCGCGCCCGAGUGUGCGGCCGCGGAAGGGCCGACCGUGUGCGGCAGCGACGGCCGCAGCUACGCGUCGACGUGCCAUCUGCGCGCGCACGCCUGCAACACGCAGUCGGACGUGGUGCUGCAGGCGUUCGGCGCCUGCGCGGAGACGACGCCGCACGUGCGCCGAGAUAAGCUAUAUCGUUCGUACAGACCGGUGACAGUUAACGACGAAUACGAGGACCGCUGUCUGAGAAAGACAACGAAGCAUCACCACGCCAUUUAUGACAACUUCGAGGAGGAGCAAUACGUGACCAAUGAGGUGGAGGAUUAUUACCCGCUCUACGAAGAUUAUUACGACGGUCGCAAUAAAGAUGCGUACAUCCCGCCAUUGUUCGACGGGCGUGCGCACAUGACGGCCCGCGCGCGGUUGCCCGCCAAAAGUUUCGAUAUAUGGGCCGAGGUCUCAGCUGUUUGCGGCGAGGGAGCGUUAAUGAGCGCCUCAGGUGUGAGAGAUUAUUUAUGGGUCGGUUUCGUGGAAGACAAGGCGGUAUUGCGCUGGGACGCAGGCAACGGCCCAUUGGAAUUACGCUCAGGGAAGGUCAGAAUUGAUGGGAGGUCUAAAAUAUCGGCGAGGAGGUAUAAGAAAGACGCGCUAUUGAAGUUGGGAUCGACUGCGGCUAGGGGUUCGACGCACGGGCCGAUGAGUUCGCUGGACAUCGACCCCUAUAUUCAUAUUGGCCAUGCACCUGAUAACGUUACGUUGUUAUCAGGGAUGAGAGUUCACGGUUUCGUCGGUUGCGUGCACCGUCUGCGGAUUAGCGGGCGCGACGUCAUUCCUCCCGCCCGCGGAACGCCCGUCACCACACACGGCGUGCGCCCCUGCACCCCGCACAACCUGGCGCACGUUGUUUGCCCU